CAUGAAAAUGUUUAUAGAUUUGAUUUAAGAAUUGGAUUGACAUUUUUCAUAUUGAAGUAAAUAGAAAAAAUGAAAUAUAAGACAUUUAAAUAUAAAUUCAUUUUACCACAAAAGUAAAAAUAACAGGAUGAAACUUGGGAAUAUUAGAAAUUGAAUAAAUUGAAAGGGGGAAAGAACUUGAAUUGAU